AAAUAUGGUAUCAAACCGCCGCGUCAUGUGCGCGCUGUCAAUGCGCAGGCGCCAAGUUCUUUUUCUAUGUUCACUCCCCCUUUUCCCUUUCCCCUUUCGCUUUAUAUAUACGUGCAUUAAACACCUGUGCGUUGUUCUCGGCUAACCACUGGGUCGUCAACGUCUCACUUCUUACAUGACGGCAGCUACGUUACAGUGGCGACGAGCCAGGAAGACACCCACGCAGUCAAGGUAGAACCCGACGCUAAGUACCCGCAGACAGCCGUACCGCUGACCACGAUGGCCUCCCACAUGCUUCCGAACUUCGACGACGUCGCAGAUAAGUGGAAGCCUUACCUCAUCAAAGUGGAAGCGUAUUUUGAAGCUAAUGCCAUUUCGGAUUCUACUAAGAAGAGGGCACUUCUAGUGGCUGCACUUAGCACGUCGACGAUCCAAAUCCUAAUGGGAAGGAUAGCACCUGCAAAGCCCAAUGCCCUAAGCUAUGACGAAGUAGUCAGGGUGUUAAAUGACCACUAUGACCCAAAACGCAACGAAAUCGCUGAAAGCUUCCAGUUUUUCAACCGCUGUCAGCAGGAGAAUGAAUCCAUUCAUGAUUUUUUCGUUGCAAUUCGGCGCAUAGCAGACAAUUGUAAUUUUGGCGACUCGCUGAGCAGGCUACUUCGUGACAGAAUUGUCUGUGGCGUGCGUUCAAAGGCCGUGCAAAAGCAACUUCUGUCAAAGAAGGAAUUAACGCUGGAGGAAGCGGAGUCGAUAGCAAUAGCCGCUGAAACUGCCGAAAAAGACGCCAGGACAAUGUCCGUAGACGUACCGCCUGUGCUUAAAGUGGAAGCGCAUCGCAAGCUACCAUCGAGAUCAAGCACGGAAAGCGCAGGGCGACUGGAGUGCGGAAGGUGUGGCAGUUUUAGACACGACAGCAACAGCUGUCGAUGGGCUAAAGCCCUAUGUUACUCUUGUGGUCAGAGGGGUCACUUGGCAAAAAUGUGUCGCAGCCGCAAUGGUAACGGUGUUCCCAGCAAUCGGAGAGUCCAUCACGCGAAAGCAUUGGCGGUGGAAGACGCCGUUUCAGAAGAGGACAACAGCGAUAGUGCGCACAUCUGGACGUUGGCGUCAGCACGAAAGAAUGCUCUUCAGCCACCAAUUAGGCGUACGUUUAGUUGGGGAGGCGUGGAUUUAUCCAUGGAAGUAGAUACUGGUUCCCCGGUGUGCGUAAUAUCGCGACAGCUUUUUGAUAAACAUCACAAACGCUGGCCAAGCUUGAAACCUUCACACGUGCAGCUAUCCUGCUACAAUGGAAGCUUACCGGUGGUGGGCGAGCUUCAACUUUGUGUGAAAUACUGCGAUAUUUCCGUUAACUGCGCCCUUGUAGUGCUAGACUGCCCCGGACCAAGCCUGUGCGGCCGAGAUCUGCUAAUGCUCCUGGAACAAGUGGGCGUUCCGGUACUACAAGUGACGGGUGAAGGCGAGGCCACGGCGGAUCAAGUGGACUGUCACAGGAUCCAUGCCAUCUGCGACACAUACCAGGACGUUUUCUCAGACACCUUGGGGUUGAUCAAGGGACCACCAGCCAGCCUCCUGCUGAAGGGCGACGCUGUUCCCAAAUUCUGUCGAGAGUUCGUCCUCGUUAGCGACCACCAGCCACUUCUAGGACUGCUGAGGCCCGACCGCCAGACGCCUGCCAUGGCUGCAGCUCGCAUCCAACGCUGGGCCCUCUACCUGGGAGGCUACCGUUACAAGCUCGAAUAUGCUCCGGGAAGGCUGCUACUGAAUGCGGAUGCACUGAGCAGACUGCCUCUGCAGGGCUCCGAUCUCGUCACGGAACCUGAUCCUGAAGAAAGGACUCCCCAGAAAACCGGAAAGUCGCCAUCGGAAAUGCUGCUGGGGUACCAGAUACGAUCGCGCCUGGACACCUGCUUCCCUGCGGCGACUGUGUCUAAUUCUAAAGAGGAAAACGACGAGUGGUUGCCUCCAACGGACUGUAGUGUACAUGUCCGCAACUACGGGUCAAAUGGUAAAUCGAUACCAGGACGGGUAACAGCGACAUCGGGAGGACGGAUGAUCACAGUGGAGACUCCUCAAGCAAUCGUGCGGCGUCACAUCGACCAAGUGCGCACCCGCACUGAAUCGUCUCCAGAUGAACCACCAGGAACCGACCCAGGCUUGAUCAGCAGAGACCGUACUCAGGGCGCACCUCCACUCUGCCAAGAGCCAUCCGCGAGCCCCGAAGACGCGGGAGAAUCUUCACCCCAAGAAGCGUUUCGAGACCUGGACCACCAGAUACCUGUUCCACCACUCGUGGCAUCCGGGGCAGACCAAGUACCCAUGCAACCUGUUCGACGCUCCACAAGAUCCCGCAAACCAGUGCAGCGUUUUUAAGAGGGAAGAAAUGUUGUAAAUAUGGUAUCAAACCGCCGCGUCAUGUGCGCGCUGUCAAUGCGCAGGCGCCAAGUUCUUUUUCUAUGUUCACUCCCCCUUUUCCCUUUCCCCUUUCGCUUUAUAUAUACGUGCAUUAAACACCUGUGCGUUGUUCUCGGCUAA